AUGCUCCGACUACCUGCCUCCCAUGUUCGGGCCACUGGCUUUGUCAACAGGCACACCACCCUCAACACACACCGUGCAGCUUACACCCCGCUGCGCAUACACUUACGACAUGCGUCUCAGUCAUCCAAAGCCCCGGCCGUGCUACCACCACAUUCCAAGCUGCCUCUCAGAGUUCUUUUGCGAUCACUUCUAGUUGCAACAAUCUCCUCCAACGGCUUCUUGCUGACGCCGGCCCUGGGAGUCCUCAAGUUCCUCAACGACUCACCUAGGUUCUGGGUAUUCAAUGUCGAGAAGAACCCGUUGCUACAUGGCUUGAUGAAAAAGACUAUGUACAACCACUUCUGCGCUGGCGAGAAUGAAGCCGAGGUCACGUCUACCAUCAGCGAGAUUAAGCGGAUGGGUUUCCGAGGGGCCAUUCUCACCUACGCGCGGGAGAUUGUUGUUGACAAUCGGACAGAGGAGGAAGUUGGCAAAGGCAUGGUGGAUUCAAAGAAGGAGACAGAGGUUGAGAAGGAUUCGGGUAUUGAGGCAUGGCGAGAAGGAGUACUGACGACCGUUGAGAUGGUUGGCGAAGGUGAUAUUCUGGCUCUCAAACUCACGGGCGCGGGACCGGCUGUGUCAGAGACACUGUCAUCUGGGAAACCUCUGCCCAAGCAAAUGGCGGAAGCCCUCGCUGAAGUAUGCUCCCGGGCUGUCGAAAGAAAGGCCCGCAUCUUCGUCGACGCCGAGCAGAUCAAGGUUCAACCUGGAAUCGAUGCAGUGGCACUCGAUCUCAUGCGCCAGUUCAACACAAACGGCAGAGGCGCUGUAGUCUACAACACCUACCAAGCUUACCUCAAAGGCACACCAGACGUACUCGCAAGACAUAUGGAGAUAGCCAACAAGGACAACUUCGUACUUGGAGUCAAGCUUGUUCGCGGCGCGUACAUCAGCUCCGAGCCGCGCCAGCUUAUCAACGACACCAAGGAAGAUACGGACGAUUCCUACAACUCUGUCGCCAACGGACUCCUGUCUCAGAGGUACCGGGACUUUGGGAAGGAUGGGGGAGCCAAGUUUCCUGAGCUUGAGCUGUUUCUCGCAACGCAUAAUAAGCAAAGUGUCCUCUCAGCCAACGAGCUGCAGCAAUCUCGAGUUGAGAUGGGACAGCCGUUGACAAAGAUCCAGUACGGACAGUUGCUGGGCAUGGCCGACGAGGUCAGCUUCGGUCUGUUACAACUAGCGGAUAUCACAGCCAAGGAAAAGGGGGCAAAGGGAAUGGCACCGAUGGAGGUCUAUAAGUGCUUAAGUUGGGGCUCAUUGGGAGAUUGUCUUUCAUAUCUUCUGCGACGGGCGGUUGAGAAUCGGGACGCUGUCUCACGAACGAAAUCUGAGUGCAAUGCUCUGAAGACAGAGGUGUGGCGUAGACUCAAGAGUACUGUAUCGUCUUAA